AUGGGUUGUCGCUCGGUUCCCAGCUUCGAAGCCCUGAGUGGCGAGCCGUGGACCUCGCGAGCGCGUUUCCGCCGCUGGUUGCGCACCAAGUUACCUCGCCGCAGACAAGCUGUCACUACUGAACCGCGAACCGGCGGCGGUGUGAUACUCUUUCAUCCGGAUUACGAGUUCCGUCAGUGCCGAUGUGCCGUCUUCCAUCUGAAUAUCUUGGGGGUACUGAUUGCGCUGGGGCAAGGCGUUUACCGGCUGGCAAGGGCGCUUGCGAUGCAGGCUUGGAGACAGCCCCACGAUUCGCUGUUUGCGGACACAGGGCCGCACUGGUUUCCCGCCGAUAACUGCGUUUGUGGGCACCGCUUUGCGGAUCAUAUGCCGCUGCAUGCGGCUGUUGAUGAGCGGAUAGCGUUCUUGGAAACCGAGUACAAACUCUGGGAUUUCUAUCGAAUCGACGUUCGUCACCUGACGCCACCGGAGACAAUUCCAAGGCUUGCUCUUGUCCCUCCAGACGUUGUAACGAUGGCGUCAGCGGUACACUGGAAGCGUCAUUUUUUGCAUCGUUGUCUACCGCUUGGAAAGGAUACCCAGGUGGAAAAGCUGCUGCUGCUGCAUGGUACCGAGGUAUCCGGGGGCAAGUUACGUACUCGUUUUGUACAUACUUCCCGCAGACUGCCGCACACGCUGGGCGGAGCACCCCUUUCUCGGAUAUAA